GCGAUGCCCAAACACUGGACCGCGCACUUCUCUCGCCGCGCGCUGCAAAGACGCGAGCAGCAGGGCUUCACGUCUCAAGAGCUCGUCCGACAGCGCGCACGGUCCCCUGCACAGUGUUGCAGUGCCGCCAACUGCGCAGAGAUGCAGGCCAGCAAGAAGCUGAUCAACGGCGUGGACACGUGCGUGGACGAGAUGCUGGAGGGCGUGGUGGCAGCCCUGCCGGGACUCUGCCUGCACCGGGGCAAGCGCGUCGUGCUGGUGGACGAGUGGAUGAACCGGGGCAGCAAAGCGGGGAUAAUAUCUGGUGGAGGUUCUGGACACGAGCCAUUUUCCUCAGGUUACGUAGGCAAGGGAAUGCUGACGGCGAGCGUGGUGGGGUCUGUGUUCGCUUCGCCCCCCGCCUCCACCGUGCUCCACGCCAUACGCAAAGUCUGCCAGGGCACUACAGGUGGCGCUCUGUUGGUCGUCCCCAACUACACCGGCGACGUCCUCAACUGCGGGGUCGCGAUGGAGCAGGCAAAGAACGAAGGUCUCAGAGUGGUGAGCUCGCUGGUGGCUGAAGACUGCGCCCUCCUGUCUGAAGACGGCAGCAUCCCUGCGGAGUAUCUGGCCGGGCGGCGAGGGAUGUGCGGCCUGCUGUUCGUGUUCAAGAUAACAGGCGCGAUGGCGGAACUCGGGAAGUCCCUGGACGAGAUCCACGCCACGGCUGUGCUGGUCAACAGCUGCAUGGCCAACCUCGGAGUGUGCCUGCAAGCCUGCAGUCUUCCAGGAUCCGGUCCCCUGUUCGAGGUGGAACCCGACGAGAUGGAGCUGGGCCUGGGUGUCCACGGGGAGGCUGGCAGGGAGAAACUGAAGCUGCGCUCCGCCUCGGAGACGGUGAAGAUAAUGCUGAAGACGCUGACGUCAGCGCUGAAGCUGGUCAGCGGGGACGAGGUGGCAGUGCUCAUCAACAACCUGGGCGCGACAUCGCAGCUCGAGCAGUGGAUUGUCGCCUACGAGGUCCAAGCUCAGCUCUCGGCCGCGGGCAUCUGUGUGCAGAGGCUGUACGCGGGCUUGUUCAUGACGUCCCUGGACAUGGCGGGCGUGCAGGUGUGCGUUCUGCGGCUGCGCGACCACGAGGCCGAGUGGCUGCAGUACCUGGACGCAGACACCGACGCCUCUGGCUGGCCGGGCUGUCCGCUGUCGCGACACCCCCGGGGGCCGGCCGCCGCCUGGAGCCCGGAGCAGGACCACCCCGCCCCCGCCACGAACCGUGGACCGACACUCACAGAAUCCGACGCGGAGAUAUUGAAGCAGUGCCUGAAGAAAGCUUCGCAGGCUGUGGUGGCCAGCGAGCAGAGGUUGAACGAACUGGACAGUGGCUGUGGCGAUGGCGACUGUGGGACUACGCUCCGGUUAUUCACCGAAGGCAUCCUGAACGAGCUGGACGCACUGGAGCUGGCCCGGCCCGCGAGCCUGCUGGUGAAGCUGUCGGCCGUAGCAGAGGCCACCAUGGGCGGCACGUCGGGCGCCAUAUACAGCCUGAUGCUCACCACGGCCUCCUCCGCGCUGGAGCAGGAGGCCCGAGCUGGGGCGCACGAGUGGGCGCGGGCCUGGGCCGCGGGACUGGCCGGCGUCAUGCGCUACAGCACUGCGCGCCUCGGCGACCGCACCAUGCUGGACGCACUGUUGCCGGCAUGCUCGGAGUUUGAGAAGCACCCGAAGGAGUCGUUCGCCCGGGCUGUGGAGGCUCUGCAGAAGGCAGUGAAGGCCGCACAGGACGGCUGCAAUAAGACCAAACACAUGAUCGCCAGGGCUGGGCGAGCAAGUUACGUGAGCGCAGAGCAUAUACGGGACGUUGAUGCCGGAGCCUUCGCCGUCACGGUGUGGCUGCAAGCAAUCUAUCAAGUCCUGGCAAACACAGCACGCUAAUCAAAAUAAACAGUACAGGGGAUUGUAAUCAUUAAUGUUGUACAGAAUCUAAGAAUACAGAUAAGUAAAUACUUUCCCAUCAUGUU